UACAUAUGUUGGGAAACCAUUGCGGAUUACUUUAAACAAGGUUUCAAACACGCACUGGGCCAUUAACUUGUCAACAAAGUAUUAAUGACGCCCCGGUUUUUCCUUCUGCCGGUGUUACGCUGGGAAAAGUUAUGAACUGAACACUUCAAAUUUUGUUUUCUUGGGGGAGGAGAGCAGGGAACCCUUUUUUGUUUCCUCUGCGUUUUCCGGGUUUCGCUGUUGGAUGAGAAGUUUCCUGUGUUUGUCGCAGACUCGCAGCAGCAGCAGCCAUGGACUGACACGCUCUCAAACCGUUAACUUUGGGAAAUAGCUGUAACUAGCCUAUAUGUCUUCUGCUUGAGUGCAAUCGCAAAACGAAGCUUUGCCAUGGCUCGAGAUUGCACCACUAAAAGUCUGGAUAGCAUUGACUUGUCUUCUCUAAGGGACCCAGCUGGAAUAUUUGAACUGGUAGAAGUAGUUGGAAAUGGCACCUAUGGACAAGUGUACAAGGGGAGACAUGUCAAGACGGGACAGCUGGCUGCCAUCAAGGUCAUGGACGUGACAGAGGAGGAAGAAGAUGAGAUUAAGUUGGAGAUUAACAUGCUGAAGACGCACUCCCAUCACCGGAACAUAGCCACGUAUUAUGGUGCCUUCGUGAAGAAGACUCCAGCAGGCCAUGACGAUCAGCUCUGGCUGGUGAUGGAGUACUGCGGGGCUGGCUCCGUCACCGACCUGGUGAAGAAGACCAAAGGGAACUGCCUGAAGGAGGACUGGAUCGCCUACAUCUGCAGAGAGGUCCUCCGAGGCCUGUCGCACCUCCAUUCUCACCACGUCAUUCACCGCGACAUCAAGGGACAGAACGUGCUGCUGACCGAGAACGCCGAGGUGAAACUGGUGGAUUUCGGGGUGAGCGCCCAGCUGGACAAGACCAUUGGGAGGAGGAACACCUUCAUCGGCACCCCCUACUGGAUGGCGCCGGAAGUCAUCGCCUGCGAUGAGAACCCAGACUCCACAUACGACUACAGGAGUGACCUGUGGUCUUUGGGAAUCACUGCACUGGAGAUGGCUGAAGGUGCUCCACCUCUGUGCGACAUGCAUCCCAUGAGAGCCCUCUUCCUCAUCCCACGGAACCCCUCCCCCAAGCUCAAAUCAAAGAAGUGGUCGAAGAAGUUCCUGACCUUCGUAGACAGCUGCUUGGUGAAGAACUACCUGCACCGGCCCAACACCGAGACGCUCCUACGACACUCCUUCGUCAAAGACCUGCCCAACGAGCGGCAGGUGCGCAUCAUGCUCAAGGACCACCUGGACAGAGCCAGGAAGAAAAAGGGGGACAAAGAAGAGACAGAGUAUGAGUACAGUGGCAGUGAGGAUGACGAGGAGGAGAUGAACGAGGAAGAAGGAGAGCCGAGCUCCAUCGUGAACCUGCCGGGCGAGUCCACGCUGCGGCGGGAGUUCCUGCGGCUGCAGCAGGAGAAUAAGAGCCGCUCGGAGGCGCAGCGCCAGCAGCAGGUGCUGCAGCAGCAGCUCCGCGACCAGGAGCGCUACAAGAAGCUGCUGCAGGCCGAUCGGCAGAAGAGGAUUGAGCAGCAAAUGGAGGAGCGCCGGAGACUGGAGGAUCAGCAGAGGAGGCAGCAGCAGGAGGCCGGCUUCCAGUGGCCCGAGCUGCAGGAGAUGCUCUGGAGGGAGGAGCCGGAGCCCGAGGGGCGGAGCCUGCUGGAGGAGCGGCGCAAGCUGACCGACGGACAGAAGAGAGGCGACAGGAAACAGCUGGAAGACUCAGGCAAACAUAAGACUGAUGUUGGAGGGAGACCGGUUGGUCCAUUGACAGACCAGCGAAGGGGCAAGCCCGCUCCUCUUCCUCAGCAGCAGCCGCCGUUGCAGUCGCAGCAGCAGCAGCAGCAGCAGCAGCAGCAGCAAGGCAGAAAGUUCCACCGCACGCUGCCCAAAGAUCAGGCCCAGCUGCUCUCGCUUCAGCACGACCACAGGCACAAGCAGCGGGAGCCCCAGAAGGCCACUAGCGCCGCGCCUAGCUGCCCGGCAAAUAGCCAGCGCAAAGCGAUGGAUGACAGGGGGAAAAUGGCCGAUGGCUAUCUGUCCAACCUGAACCGCCUGGCCGCCGGGCUCCCUCUGCACGUCCAGUCCAGGCUGGGCUCCGGGAGCAACUCCAGCCCCUGCACACCCGCCCUGCAGAGGGCCGCGGUGCACCAGAACGCCAACCUUCGGUCCAGUAGGGAGUCCCACCACAGCAGCUCCCUGUCGGACAUGGCCACCUCGCCCGUGUCCCCCACCGCGGACGACGUCUUCUGGGACGUCUUCCCCAGCCCGGAGGAGCGCCCCCCUAAGGUUCCAGAACGUACGACGUCAAAGUUUUACUGUAAAGAACUGCUGAGUCACCACAGGACAGCGUCGAGUGGGUUUCCUUCGUCCCCGGUGGAGAAGUUGGGCAAGCCCCUCCCCUCACUGAGCAGCUCCUCUGGCGGCUCACAGUCAGGAUUCUGUAAGAUCGAGAGUCCCCUGUUGCCGUGCCGACAGCAGCCGUGCAGACAGCCGCAGGAGCGCUCUCCGCUGUCCCCCCUCCAGCACCCGGGCUUUGGCCUCUCCCCCGGGCCCAAGUCGAACCCGAGUCCGUUCCUGAAGGCCACCGAGUACUCCUCCUCCAGCGACGAGCCAGGGAGCAGCGACGAGGAGGAGAGGAACCGGCCUGUGGAUAACAGGAAGGGGGGGAAGUUCUUCAAAGCGGCCCCCGAUGGAAUCGUCCUCCAGCCCCACUGCAGUCUGAACCAGCAGCAGCGUGCGGCGGGCUCUAAGGCCGGCCGCCAGCCGCGGCCCCCCGGCUCAGAAUCCAGUCAGAAUUACCUUCUCCCUGAUCUCCUACAGAAGAACCCCCCCUUCGAGACCCACGGAUGGCUCCCCCGGGACGCCCUGUACCCCCAGACCCCUCCCGGCCGCACCCCUGACCUGGACAAACCGGUGAAUGGGCAGGUGGGAAAGAAGAGCUCCUCUUCCUCCUCUUCCUCAUUCACGACCUUCAUCGACCCACGCCUGCUGCAGAUAUCUCCUCCUCCAAGCCCAAUGGACCAGAGUCCCACUGGCUGUAAACCAGAGCCCGUCCGGAGGGAGAAUCACAGGAAGGGGUCCGUGGUCAACGUCAACCCCACCAACAUCCGGCCCCAGAGCGACACUCCCGAGAUCCGCAAGUACAAGAAGAAGUUCAACGCCGAGAUCCUGUGCGCCGGCCUGUGGGGCGUGAACCUGCUGGUGGGCACGGAGAACGGGCUGUGGCUGCUGGACCGCAGCGGGCAGGGCAAGGUGUACCCGCUCAUCAGCAGGAGGCGCUUCCAGCAGAUGGACGUCCUGGAGGGGCUCAACGUCCUCAUCACCAUCUCAGGUAAAAAGAACAAGCUGCGGCUGUACUACCUGUCCUGGCUCCGAAACAAGAUCCUGCGGAACGACCCGGAAGUGGAGAAGAGGCAGGGCUGGACGUCCGUGGGGGACCUGGAGGGCUGCGUGCAUUACAAAGUCGUACGAUACGAGAAGAUCAAGUUCCUCGUCAUCGCCCUGAAGAACGCGGUGGAGGUGUACGCCUGGGCCCCCAAACCGUACCACAAGUUCAUGGCCUUCAAGUCCUUCACCUCCCUCCCUCAGAAGCCCCUCUCUGUGGACCUGACCGUGGAGGACGGCCAGAGGUUAAAGGUCAUCUACGGCUCCCUGUCGGGGUUCCACGCCAUCGACGUGGACUCAGGGACGCCCUACGACCUCUACCUUCCCACGCACAUCCAUGGCGUCAUCCGGCCCCACGCCAUCAUCAUCCUGCCCAACACCAGCGGCAUGGAGGUGCUGGUGUGCUACGAGGACGAGGGCGUCUACAUCGACACCUACGGCCGAAUCGCCAAGGAGACGGUGCUGCAGUGGGGGGAGAUGCCCGCCUCCGUGGCCUACCUCCAGUCGAACCAGGUGAUGGGCUGGGGGGACAAAGCUAUCGAGCUGCGGUCUGCCGAAACAGGAAACCUGGAGGGGGUCUUCAUGCACAAGAAGGCGCAGAAGCUCAAGUUUCUGUGCGAGAGGAACGACAAAGUGUUUUUUGCCUCGGUGCAGUCGGGCGGUAGCAGCCAGAUCUACUUCAUGACUCUGGGGCAGAACUCCCUCUUCAACUGGUGACCCCCGGAGCUCGCGGUCACCCCCACGCUGACCCUCCUCCGUCAUGCCACUCCUCCCUUCGGGUCUGACAGGCGGGGCUGACGCCAACGAACCAUUCUGAAACUGAAUUUGAAUUUGUUUCAAUAUCGCAAAGACUUUUAUGAAAAUAUAUAUAUAUUCUUUUUUUUUUUUUUUUUUUUUUGAAAAAAGCACAAGCAUUUCAGGGUUCUCAGCCCAAAACGCACCCAGGAUUCGGUUUGUCAGGUUUUUAUACGUGGGCUUAUCCCGAUUUUGAAAAAGAGAGAACGUUUUGCUUUGUAAACCUCGUACUGUUCACAACGCCUGUUAAUGCGAGCCCCGAGGUCUAACACCAUAGGCUGUUGUUAUUGCCGUUGGCAUUUAACGUGUGCAAUAAAAGGAGUAUCAUAUUUUAAGCACUAGAUAUAUACCUCAGAGCAAAUUUCCGACAGUUUCAAUAUUCCCGGGGGGAUUCGAUUUUAUAGAGAGCCCUCAAAAUAGAAUGUUUUUCGUCCAGUGCCUACAUUCAAGAGUGGAUAGCUGUUGGAUGAUCUCUCAUCUGUACCUGAAUGCUAGAAAUGAUGUGACUCAACCAUGCGUUCGUCAUGUUAUUAUAACAUGCUCAGAGAUCUCCCAUGCCGCUUCGGAGCCUGCUGUCGUUGCUGUUCACGUCGUCAUCUCUCUCAGUUGUAAUAACUGAACCAUAGAAAAUGUCAGGGAACAUGCAUGGUGUGCACACAUAGCAUUAUAGAUAGGAUUAGGGGAUAGAUCCACACAGACUGCAUCUCUUAUGGUAUUUGUUGUAGGUAAUAAUAGAUGGAGGUCCUCUAUAAAAUCAAGAAUUCAAGGCAGUGAGGUGUCUUCAUCGAUUCAUAAAAGUAAGAACAUGAUAAUAUAGUUGAUGCCUGAUCAGUAUUUGAUGGGCGCUGGAAAUAAAUAGCAUUGGUCCCUAUUCUGUGGAGGAGAGUAUGGGACCAGUGUUCAUUAUAUUGUUUAAAAUUCCCAUGAAGCAUUAAAGUCUGGACUACAAUGACCUGGUGACUAGUAAUGACUGUAAAUCCGUGCAUAUAUGAUGGAAUUGGUGUCACAAAAAGGGAUACUAUUUUGUCUGCACACGUGCAUUAAUAUUACUUUUUCAACUUGCAUAUUCUGAAAAGGUUUGUUGUUCUACACUAAGAAAACUGACCCUGUUUGUUUCACGAUGCCCAUUUGGAUGGCAGAAUUAAUUUUAGAUCAGUUCGGUUAGCAUUCGCUCGUUUAAUUGAUGAAGUGGCUUCCGCUUGUCUUGAGGCAAACGUACUGUAUGAGUGGGAGUAAUUCUUGCGUUAGCCGCCGCUAGUCUGCAGAUCUAAUAUUACAUAAUGUCCAUCAGUAUUCAGGAAAAAUCUGCUUUUCAGAUGACGAAGUAAACAUAUGGCCUGUCCCCGUUCAGUCUGAGAAGGCGAACAAUAGCCCUACGCCUGUUCAGGGACGGUGUGUUGCACUUGUUUUUAUGAAGAAAAAAAGAGAUAAGAUUAGUCCAAUAGGUCUUUCCUUACCUUGGUGGAUGUACAUAUUAUUUGCACUGUUUUUUAUAGAUUUUAUAUCUACUUGGUCAUCUGCAUGUAGGGAGUAAAGGCGUUUUCAUAACAUAUAGUCCUUUGCACUAUUGAUGUGAUUUAUUGUACAAUAUCUGUAAGAAAUGCUUUAUUCUAACAGUUUAAAAAAGACAUUUUAUUGUCUUCAUACAUAUUCAGUAUUAUGUAAAUUUGAGAAAAGGGGAGAAAUGUAAGGUUGGAAAUCAGUUCUGUAUAAGGUGGUGACUCUUACUAUAUAAAACAGGCAGAACAUAGUCUUUGUGAAAUAACUAAUAUGGCUUUUGAACAGGGGUGUCCAGUCUAAACCGAAAAGGGCUUAUUCUGAUUUGGGUGCUGGCUUUUGUUUUAUCCCAGGACUAAGACAUAACAGACUAAUCAUAGUCAUUGAUCAAGACCUUGAUAAGUUGAAUCAGGUGUCUUGUGGCUGGGACAGAACAAAAACCUGCACCCACACCAGCCCUUUUUGGAUAAGAUUGGACACCCCGCCUUAGAAGGACCUUCCAUGCAGUUUCAGCUGAAUAAGGUGUGAAUGCCAGUAUCUGUGAUAAAAAUGAAUACAUAUCGCUUGUGAAGAAAAUGCAGUUAACUAUUGAUGAUGGACAACUUAGACAUCCAGCUACCCUGGAAAAUAUAUGGGCUUGAAAAAAAUGUGAAUCACUUCAUAUGUUGCAUAUGUUGCAUUAAUUUGAAUUACUUUUACAGUUUCCUAAAUGUACUUAAUUUGUCAGUCUAAUGUAUAAGUGAAAGAGCAGUUGUUCAUAAUUCUCCUCUUGAAAAGUAGUAGUUUCCACUAAAUUUUGGGAUUUUCAGAAUUGUGAAGAACACUUUUGUAUUUUGCUUUGUGCUGAUCCUUUUUGAUGCUGAAUGAUUGUACUUUUUUUUUUUUACCCCUUUGCCCACCUCCCAAAAAAAUGUUAUGUUAUGCUGUGCUGUGUUGUGUUUGUCUUCAUCUUGCAUUAUGGCCACCAGGUGGAGCUAUAUGUAAAUGUUACAAUGGCGUUUAUGUUGGUAAUACAGCUGGUUCUGUAAACAUAUUUAAGUAGAUAAUAUCAUUCUCUAAAUGACAGAUUAUUAUGAAUUAACCUUGUACUGUAUUAUCAAUAUUGACCUUUCUUCCUCUUUUUCUGGGUGUGGCUGUAAAUAGAUAAUAGUUUUCAGGUGCAUUCAACUGACAAGCGCAUUACUCAGCUCAAGAUAUGAGGUACUUCUUUUGAAAACGUACAGUACAAACUAUCACUGUAAUAGGAAUUUGUCUGAUUUUUAUGAACUGAAGUAACAGUUACAGUCAGCGUGCUUCUUCCCACAGCCAACCAGGUGAUUUUCUGUGAUUAUUUUUGCCACAGCAAUAGAAGCCCUGUAGUCCUAAAUUAAAUACAUUUGACAAAUAUAAGCAGAACAUAGGCUAGUGGAAAACAAUUCAUCAGUAGUAGCUGGUUAAGAAGAACGAUUACAUAUUUUCAGGAACAAGUACUGUUAAUGUAUGACUGUAACAUGGUUUGGAAAGCCAUCAGCCUGAACUGCUGGUGUCAUAACAGAGAGGAUAUUUUAGUUCUUUAGGUUUUUUUCUCUCUCUCCAAUUUUUCUCCAAACUGCAUUGAAACUGCAUUGUGUUUCUGCGAAUUAUAAGGGUUUUUGUACAACCCUUAUAAUAUAAAGCUGUCAAGUAGCUGUUAAACUGGCUGCCUGUUUUCAGAGGCCACUGCUUUAAUUCAUCAAGGGGAAAAAGGCAUAUUAAGUAUAUGGCAUGUUUAUCGUGCCAUUUAUAAGUGUUGUCGUGGUUGAAGUUGUAUGGAAUUGGUGGCUUUAAAGUGUGGAUUGUAUUUUUUUUUUAAACCUGUCAUUUGAAAUGGGAAAUGGGACUGGUUUGCCAGGAAGUAUAAUGGAGGUGUAGCGAGAGAUGGAAGGACAGAGCAAGUUGACGUAGGGCGGGUGCAAGUGUGCAGUGUAGUAGAGGUCUGUGAGCCGCUGCUGUUUAGGGGCGGUUCUGCUAAGAAAGUCGAGGAGAUUUCGGGAUUUGUGUUCCAAGAAUGGUGUCAUUGCUUUGAGAUGUUCUAGAAGGUUGACAGUAUACAUGCUUGCCAAUGAAAUGCAAAUUGAGCGAAAUGUGAGACAAGAAUUAUUAUUUUAUUUUUAUUUUUUGACAAAUGUCCAAUGCCUUUUUUUUUUUUUUUUUUUUUUGGUUAUUUUAAUUUUUUUUUUUUUGCCUGUGAAAAUGUAAAAUAACAAGCAUUACAGACUAUUUACUGUUUCAAAGAAAAUGUAUUUGGUAAGUUUUUUUGCAUAUACAUUUUUCUCAGAAAUUUGUAAUAAUGUCCCUAUUAUAUUAAAAGAUAAUCAUUCUCCCAACUUUUCUCAAGUUUUCUUUGUUCAUUCUAAUGCAUAAUUCUUAUGCUUAUUUAGCUUUUGUGCACUGGAUUUUUGUAAACAUUUUUAUGUGUACAGCAUGCACUGUAUAUCCGAAUGUUACUUUCGAUACAAGUCCCCAUUUGACUAGUUAAGCUCUAAAUUAAGUCUUGUAAUUUUAUAUGCAUUCUGUCAUGCAAUAAAAUGGUUUAGAAUAAAA